AACUCUAAAUUAUUUACCCUCAUCUCUGAUCAAAGCGAAAUGUCACUUGCAGUAUUUUGACCAAUAUCCCGCAAGUUUCAGCUUGUAGAUUCUUUGAUCCUGUUUUGCAUGCACAACUCACCUCUUGCAAGUGUCUUGGGAAAAAGAAUGCCACAUGACGUAAUCUUUAAUGCAAGCAGCAGGUCCUGAACAAAUGUAGGCCUACUCCUAGAUCACACGCAGUCAGACAACCAGCAGACAUGUCGAAUUACUUUCAAGUUUUAUGACAAGGAAUAUAAGUAGACAAGUACUACAUGGUUGAUUGUGCAACAACCUUUUCUUUUAACAAGGAAGUUUAGAUGUUCUCCAGUAGAUCCGGGUCGCUGUGUGCAUCUCUGAUCAGACAUAUCAAGCCGUUGUCACGGAGGAAAGAUUUCCUCAUGUCUUCUGGCAAUUGUUGGACGUUCAGCAUGGCGGGGAGACAGCAACCAAGCUCUGAUAUGGCAGCUUUCCGGAAGGAAUUUGCAAAGGCGAAACACAUUGUUGUGUUGACUGGGGCGGGAGUGAGUGCAGAGAGUGGUGUCCCCACAUUCAGAGGAGCGGGAGGCUUCUGGCGGAAGUACCAAGCUCAGAAUCUGGCAACCCCUGAGGCAUUUGAGCAGAACCCAUCGCUGGUGUGGGAGUUCUACCAUUAUAGGCGCGAAGUCAUGCUGAGCAAAAGCCCAAAUCCGGCUCACAAGGCUAUAGCAGAAUGUGAGAAGCGGCUAGCAUCACAGGGGCGUCGUGUGGUAGUUAUAACGCAGAACAUUGAUGAGCUCCACCGCACUGCAGGGACACAGAACAUACAAGAACUGCAUGGAUCGUUAUUCAAGGUUCGAUGCACCAAAUGUGGUGAUGUGACUGUGAACAGAGACAGUCCGAUUUGUGAAAGCUUGAGAGGCAAAGGUGCACCAGAGCCUGAUUCGCCUGACGCCCAAGUACCUAUCGACCAGCUUCCAAAGUGUAAGAAAUCUGGGUGUGGUGGACUGCUGAGACCUCAUGUGGUUUGGUUCGGUGAAUCCCUCGACCAGGAAGUCAUGAAACAAUCCGGAGAGGAGAUGGACAAGUGUGACCUUUGUCUGGUGGUUGGGACCUCUUCCGUUGUGUAUCCAGCAGCCAUGUUUGCCCCGCAGAUAGCCAGCAGGGGUGUGCCGGUGGCCGAGUUCAACAUGGAGAGCACCCCAGCAACCUCUUCCUUUGGAUACCAUUUUGAGGGCCCGGCUGGGACUUUCGUUCCUGAAGCUUUGGCCAGACAUGAGAGCGAGCCUAACUAGUUGGAACAGAUGUGUGACCUUCCUGAAACCAACUGCAGAUUACAUUAUUAGCUCACCUACCAAAAGAAGCUUGUGAUCUUUAG